CUGACGACAUGCCAAAGCUCUUCCUUGUAUGAUUCAAACUAGUGAACCACAAGCACUGUGUACUGGUUCAGGGUUUCCUGUUUCCUCAUUUUUGCUUGUCGUUGACCUUUUUUUCUCACACCACCUUUUAUGUUUUACCGAAUGCCAUCAGAGAAUAUCACAUUCGAUAUAUUGCUGAGAUGACUUUACAAUUUAAAGAUGUCUUUUGGGGAGUGGAUUUUACAAGUAAUGUGGGAUAUGAGGCCCUCAUCCAGAGACUCUGUGAAGGUAGACGAAUGUGCAAAGACAUGGAGGACCUCUUGAAGAUGAGGGCAUCAGCAGAAGAGAGAUAUGGCAAGGAGUUGGUGAUGAUCGCACGCAAGGCAGGGGGUCUCUGUGAGAUCAGCACUUUGAGAGCAUCCGUUGACCAACUGAAAUUCCAAAUUGAGAACAUCGGGAACCUACACAUACAGCUUUCUGGGAUGUUAAAAGAAGAGAUCAGGAGGAUGGAACAGUUCAGGGAGCGUCAAAGAGAGCAGAGGAAAAAGUUUGAAUGCAUCAUGGAAAAAGUUCAGAAGAUAAAGGUGUCUAUACACAAAAAAACAAUGGAGUCUAAAAAGUCAUAUGAACAGAGGUGCAGAGAGGCAGAUGAAGCAGAGCAAGCUGCUGAGAGGAUUGCCAGUGUGACCACAAUUUCAACAAAGCAGGCUGAGAAGGUACACAACAAGUCUAAGCAGUGCAGGGAGGCAGCAGUAGAGGCAGAAAAACAGUACAUGUCAAACAUUGAACAACUAGACAAAAUUCGCCAAGAAUGGGAGAGCACACAUGAGGGAACGUGUGAGGCCUUUCAGCUGCUGGAGGAAGAUCGUAUAAACAUUCUAAGGAAUGCCAUCUGGGUCCACUGUAACCAACUCUCAAUGCAGUGUGUCAAAGAUGAUGAGUGUUAUGAGGAUGUGAGGGAAACUCUUGAGCUGUGUGAUAUCACAACGGACAACGACUGCUUUGUUAAGAUGAAAAGCACUGGCUCAAAUCCACCAGUGCCCAUAGUUUUUGAGAGCUACUAUGAGAAGGAACACUCUACAGACAACAAUGGCAGUGCCUGCUUUGUUGGAGGAGUUAUAAAGAGGUUUUCAAACCUUUUGCAAGGCAACUCUGCAGGUGCCAGAACCAACGUCAGUGAUGGUUCACAGCCAAUAGCAUCAUCUACUGAUGACACAUUGGAUGUCUAUGCCUCCAUUCCUGAAUGUAACCAGAUCAACAUUUCAAGCAACCCAGAAGACAGAGAGGAGUACCAGGCUUUGUAUGAAUAUAUGGCUCAGGGUGAGGAUGAGCUUUCCAUAUCUGAAGGGGAGAGGGUUGUGGUCAUUGAGCAGGGUGUUGACGGCUGGUGGACAGUGGAGAGGAACGGCCUGCCAGGACUAGUCCCCGGAUCCUAUCUUGUCAAAAUAUGAAAUCCUGUAGGCAUGAGGAGCAUGGCUGUAGGACCAGUGGCAUACUCCUACUCUGCUUAAUCUACUGUAUGUUUAGGCUUGAUACUUUUCUCUAAACAACAGUCCUGAUAAUCUAAUCUUGGUCUUGGUUACAUGUGUUGUUGACCAUACUGACCCUAGACCAUGUAUUAAUGUAAUUAUGUCCAUCUUGACAACUUAUUGUCAAGAUGGACAAGAGACAUCCACCAAUGGAUAUAAUAAGUGUUUACCCCACUUGUAUUUGUACAUAUUGUGCUUUGUUACGAAAUGGGAUUUUAAAAAAUUGUGUAAUUGAUCCAAACAGAAUAUUCAAUGACAUGAAAGUAAAACUAAACUCUAGAAAUAUUUUUGAAUAAAUCUAAAUGUUACUACUCAGAUAUAGUAUUUACUUUUAUUGUUAAGGCAAGCGUAAAUUAUUUUAUGAGGGAAAUGUCUAUUUAAUGAAAUCUGUAGUCAAAAUAGAAUGUAAUUUAAUUUUUACCAGGUUUUCUCACAUUUCCAGUUUCGUAAUGUCCAAUUUGCAAAUUUGACCGUGCCUCAUUGCAACGACUCCACGUGAAGAUUGAUUUGUGUCCUCUGGUGCAUUUCAUGCAUAGGCAUCCUGCUUCUUAUCACACUUCUUAUCAGAGAUGUAUUUAGACAGUGUUUGUAUACAUUUUACAUCUGAACAACAUGGUCACUUCCAAAAUGAUUGGACCACCUUCAUAUGCCAUCUCUUGAUAAUCCUAAUGCCAAUAUUAUGUUAAUAUUAAUAAAUGCUACAUGAGUCUA